AUGUCAACUUGCAAGUCGCUCGAGGGCAACUCCGACUUCUACGGCCUCGGGAUUCGAAUCGGCAUCUACCUGCAGUGGGGGUCGGCAUGGCUCAGCCUGCUUCUGGACCCGGAAUCGGCGCAGGGCGUGCUGGACGCGAACUCGGUCUCGCUGUUCGCCGUCGCAAUCGCCACGGUUAUCGCCGCCAGUCGCGACGCGCCCGCCAUCGAGAUGUACAUCAUGCUGCAGAUCCUCCUCGGUUUCCCCGUCACGACCCUCAGCUCGUUUGGCUUUCGUCUGUGGCUGAUGAGCCCUCGCCGGCUCGAUAAACUGCGCAGCGAAAUGAGCAGGUUGUGGCGAGAACACUGCGAAAAGCGCAGGGAGGCUGCCCGACAGAGGGAACAGCGGAAGGGAGAAGCCCGUCAGAGACGUGAGCAUCGCCGCCAGGAGCUGCAGCGGAGAAGAGACCAGCGACGUGUGGAUGCAAAUAGAUCAGCGUUUGAAAAUUGGCUGUCUGACGUGCGGGACGCCGUAUUAAUGCCACAGGAGGGAUGGGACUCCUGGGAGGAGCGCGAGGAGGAGCCUCGACGGGAGAGACAGCAAAGACACGAAUUGCUCCAACAGAGAAGACCCCAGCAACGCGCAAGUGCACAGAAUCCGAGGUGGUGGAAUUGGGUACUCGAGGGGGCGGUUGUGAUAUCCAGGAUGGCUUUUCCUACUAGUGUACCUUCCGAUAUUACCGUACACGUUCUUUACAUCCUUUGGCACCUGCCGGUCCUGCUUCCGGUGCGAUUGCUCUCAUCGCUGAAGUUCCCGGGACUCUCGUGGUCGGGUGUGCUAUGGAGGAGCACGACCGUCGCCCUUCUUAUGGGCUACAACUUGGCGUACUGGUUCGACGAAGGCGGCCACGGCGUCCAAGAGCCGCCUAGCCCGGGCUGCGGGCCCCCAACCGUCUUCAUGUUCUCGAUGCAGCCCCUGGGAGGGCCUAUCGUCACGCUCGGACGUGUCGCUGCCGUCAUCAUUUCCGUCAUCGUCGGCAUUCCGACCUUCGUGCUGCUGAUUCUCACGCUCCGCAUCUUCGUGUACGCCCUCCUCUUCCUCUACCGCGACGCCUACUUCUUCGUCACCUCCGGGGACCCACAGUCCUUCAAGGACAUCCUCGACCGAGUCAACAACGUGCUUGGCCACAGGACGCUCGCCGUCACUCAAACGCUAGAAUCCUACUCGUCUAUCCUCCCGUUUGUAACCAUUACCGGCUUGCAAACCAUGGCUGGCAUGGAGAGGUCAUUACUCGAUCUACUCGAGUUCAUGUCCGCCUACGGUGACGACAGCAGCAUUCGCUUUUCCGACGUCAUCAAGGUCGGCGUGUCGUUAGGUAUGGGAAAGCCCGUGAAACGCCAGUCGCAAGCUCGAGACAGCGAGCCCAGCGUCAGUAGAGCACAGACGAUGUCGGCGGGGUGGAGGAUCGAUCACUUGAAGAUCAGCAGCGGCUCCAGCGGACGAUCACUGACCUUGUUCUGCGUCGCGUGGAAUGUCUCGAUGGUCCUCAGCAUCGCGUGGUUCAUCACGAGCAUCGAGACAACGAUCCGGUGGAACAACAUCCAAGGCGUCCACUCCAUCGACUCCACCGGCCAGCUGAUCCCCUUCGUUAUCGGGUGCAGGUACCCCGAUUGGGUCGAUACAGAGCUCGAGAUCCAGGAUGGUGCAGACGGACCUCUCAUCUGGGAGAUUGUGAAACGGUCUGGUGGCGAUGCCAAUUCGGUAGGUGGCCCUAGAGCCGGCACUACUACUGGUACUACUGGAGGAAAUGCGACCGCCGGAAAUGACCCGAACCAAGGGGCAAUCGCCCUGGCGAACCUAUCGCAAGGAUCAAGUCAGAGUGCUCAUCUGUAA